UCUUUGGAUUUGGGGCCAGGCACGGAAGUUCUCACGCAGGGCCCGCAGGGCUCUCCUGGUAGUGACGUUGAUAGACAUGCUCUGCCUCCUAACACGUUUUUUCUUUUAAUUUUUAUUGGAAAAUUACUAUAAUCUGACUCACCAGUUUGUGGGAAAACCUUUCUUAAGGAUUUGGACCACAUUCUCUGUCAGCUGCUUAUUUCGGACUGUUGUGGUGUAUUGAUCCGAAGAGCGCGCAAGUCUGCACACGCUUCCCGAGGGGUAUACUUCUAAACUACAAUUUAGAGCUGAUAAGAAGCCGACAGAGACAGCUAUAUAGAAAUGAAAUUUUUAAUUUUAAAGAAAUUCAAGUGUCUAAAAUUGGUACAACUAAGUGUAAGAAGGUCCAAAAAUGUGUUGUUUGACUCACUUUAAUACAUGUUACACAAAGAGGUUUUCUUUUUGGAUAAAAACUGGGAUGACCCACUUUCCAUAACGAUCACGUUGCCAGUUUUACGUGUAGAAUAAGUCUAAUAAUGUAAAAUCCACCACAUUACUACGCCCCGUAUAUAAACAUUAUAUGCUUAUUAACCAUUUUUCUAUAUAAGCAACUAAUUUAAUAUCUAGAACACUUUAAAGUUGCUAAUAGAAGCACUUUCUUAAAUUUAAACUAAUAAGCAGAACGAAGUGUGUAGACCAAUGGUAAUAAGAGCAUAAUCAAAUAUGUUCAAAUUAAAAACUUAUUUCCUGUUUUUAUUAACUUUUAAAUUGUCUAAACCGGAAGAAAUUUUCUAUAACGUGAAUAACCUCAAAGUGCUUCACAAAGUGAGUGAUAAGUUCCUCAGUAUUUCCAUUGACCCCGGUGUCUUACUCGCUGGGGUUAAUUUGAGUGAUAUCUCCUUGACCUUGGCAAAACACCUUGGCCCUGCCCACAUCCGGCUUGCAGGUCCGUCCACUUCAUUUUUAAAAUAUCUGGAUAACGAAGACGAACCUAAAGGUGGCAACCGUGAUGGGGACGUUUUAUAUGUGACCCCAUCAAUGUGGUUCGGCAUCAACGAGUGGUUCAAUUUGGCCAGUUUAACCCCCGUUUUCGGUUUAAAUGAUCGGGAAGUGGAAAAGGGUUUGUGGAGCCCCAAGGGCACGUUACCCUUAUUGGAGCUGAGCGAUAAGUUUGGGGUCAACUGUUAUUGGCAGCUUGGAAAUGAUUGUUCCAAUAAAACAGCCAUUCGUUACGUGGAAGAGCUGAACAUCCUCAGGCAAACCCUGAAUAGGUUUCCAGAACAUAACGAUACAUGGAAGAUCGUUGGAAGUGAUUUUAGUACGUGCGCGUCCAACGAUAUUUCCAACGGGGAAUUUCAACAGUAUAUUCGGGAUUUGGAUUUAAAUGUGGAUGCUGUCAUGUGGCAAACGUUUUUAAUUUCCAAGCAAGAUUUAGGUUUCAAAGAAGCCUCCCUGUGGACCAGCAUACCCAAGGAAAAACACCCAAUAACCUUUAAAUCCGCAAUGGAAUGGGCACUAAAAGUUGGGAACGCAGCUACUUUAGGUUACGACGUCGUAUUCCGAGAGCCAAGGUUAUUUGAGAUCACACACGAUACACCCGUUUACUGGUUUUCUUUUCUCUAUAAAAAACUGAUGGGCACAAACGUACUGGACAUAAAAACGCCACUGGGAAACCCCAAUAUGACUGCGUUCGCGCACUGCACAAAACGCCCCAACAAUUUCGUGCGAAGCGGCUCUGUGACCCUGAUGAUGAUCAACAACAGGUCAGAAACUUGCCAAGCCAACGUCAGACUCAACACCGUUAUCCUGGAAAAGUCCAUGGAGGUCCAGAGUUACUUUUUAACUCGAUCCAAUGAAAGUGAAAGUAAAACGGUUCUAAACGGUGAAGAACUGACUCUGACAAGACUGAAUAACCCAGAUCAAAUCCUUAAACCGAAACUGCGACGGGCUAAGCUGAUGGGCUACGUUUCGUUGGAAAUGCCUCCUCAGACCAUCGCCUUUUUCGUCUUAACUGGAGCAAAAUACGGCAUUUGUAGCCAGAACGAGGACGAUUUGGAUUCGAUUCUGGAACAGAUUAAUAAUGAGCAGUUUGAGUCUGGAUCAGUGGAGGACGUCCAGUUUAAUAUCGAGGGGCGUAUGGGAAAUAUAGAAGAAAAUAAUCCAAUAAGUCUGCAGUCGAUCAAGAAGAACAUCCUUAAAGAAAAAGAACUGGACAAAUCAUUUUAUGGAAAUUUCCUAAGAAAACCCCAGAGGGAGCACGAUCUUUUGGAGAAACAUUUGGCAAAUUUCAAGAAAAACGCCCUACACAAGCACCUAAAAACAUUCGUGGAAAAAUCCAAGAAAAAUGACCUAAUUACCCGUUCUCCCUUAAAAACCCCAUACAUUUCAAAUAUGCAUUUAACCGUAAAAGAAGUAGAGGAGAUUUUAAAACGUAGAGCAAGGGCAAAAGCUUUGGCCAAAAAUGUGAAACUUACCAGUGCUGAGCUGGACAUGCUCGUAAAUAAAGCUACCCUUAAAAUACCUAAAAGCCUGUGGCACACCCUUCGUAAAAGGGACAUCAAUAAGAUUCUGCUUGAAGAAAAGGCCAAUCAUUACAAAAACAAUUUGUUCAGUCAAGAAACACUGGAGCAGCAUUUUAAGCAAAAAAACAAGCUACAUCCGAAGCUGAAGCUAUUUAAAAGAGACAUCAAUUUGGAUUUGCUUAAGAGGAAAUCUGAGCCAUCACCAGUAAGUUUGAGGAGCAGAAGUAAAACUGUGGUACAACCAAAAGAAACUUAUGGAAGAAGGAAUAAUAUGGAUCAAUAUUCUGAAGAGCCACUAAAUGAAGACUUCUUCGAAGACUUUUUGCACUUUGAAGAGAAACUUAUCGAGGACAUCAAGGAUCCGAGACGCUCCUUUGCAGACGAUCUGAAACGUUUGGACUUGCGCAAACUGCAGCAAGAACUGUUCAAAAAGCCCAAAACUACAACCGUUAAUCCUUUGGGAAAACGUUAUUUUCAAUAUUUGAAGGCUUCCCAUGAAGAUUAUGAUGAAGAUGACCUUGAUCCUAUAGUCGAAGAUUAUCCGGCACCGUCUUUUUCACGAUUUAACGAUAAGAGGAAUAAGGAUGGAUGGCGUGACUGGCAGGUGAAAGCCCACCACACAAAUAAGGAUAUUGGAGAAAGAAGCUUUUUAUGCGAUGACAUGGACACGUUUAAUUACCUGGAAAACAUGGAUUAUGGCUUUUUACGUAAAAAGCGGAGCUCCGACAAAAUUCAAUCCUUACUUAAAAAAAUGAAAAACAGACAGAAACUGGGAAGCACCGAAAACCAGAAAAGAAGCAAACGUUCGCUUCUAAACAACAACCUAAACGGCAUAAGUCCUCCCCAGCUAGAAUUGAAUCUAAUGAAUCCAGUUUAUUGGGCAACAUUGCCUGUCAAAACCUGGAUUCAAGAGCAAAAAAUUAAAAAUGCCUUGAUGCAAAACCAACUCCAUCAAACUUUCGCUUUAAGAAAAAGAAGACAUAUUGAAGAUAGAUCAAGUGAAACAAGGAAAAACGAAAUUUCUAAUGAAGCAGAUGGGAAGUGGUUUAAGAAAAUCGAACGCGAAAAGUGGCAUCCUGAAGGAGUUGCUAAGAAUGAAAUUCUGAAGGAGCAAACUGGUCCCAAAGCAAAUGAAGUUUCUAAUAUUUAUAAAACUCCAAACUUUCAAACUUCACUCCUAGUGAAGUCAUUUCAGGAGUUGGCGGAUGACUUAAAGGAUAAAGUUGACCUGGUGAAAAAGAGCGUUCUGAGUUUUUUCGAAAAUUGUUGUAAGAAUUAUAUCCUUUUUUAAUACUAUAUAUAAUAAAGACUAAUUCUAUAUGAAUAAAACUCUCAUCAUAAA